AUGGUAUUAUACGAGAACCGCACUCUUGCUUCAGCCAUAACGGCGGCGGUGACCGGCAUGCUGGCUGGAUACCCAUUUGACUCGCUCAAAACUAGAAUGCAAACAUAUCAUUACCCGUCGCUGGUGGCCUGCGCCCGACGAUCAAUUGCCGAGGAGGGUAUUGGCGGUCUGUACCGAGGGCUGCUCCCGCCGUUGAUUACCGCAUCUGCGGCCAAAUCCAUGUCAUUUUCAGUUUUCGAACAUACAAAGCAAUGGCUGCGAAAACACGACCCUUACAAAGACCGCAAUCACUCGCUGGGAAUGACCAACUUUCAACGCAAAACAGUCGGAUCAGUCGCGCUGAGCGCUGGAGUGUCUGGCAGCAUUUCAGGUGCAAUCAUAUCCGUGUUGUGUUGUCCGCUGGAGCUGAUAAAAGUGCAGAUGCAGCUAGCGAACCUUUUGAACAAAGAUGUCGGAAUGGCUUCUGGAAGCACGAACGCAGCCAUCUCAUCGUCGUCGCAUGUUAUUCUUUGCAUUAUAGUGCGCGACUCGAGUGGAACAGCGAUAUACUUUGCAUCGUACGAGACAGUCAAGGAGACACUGCGCAGGCUCACUGGAUCCGACACGACUGGCCCCUUGACGCACAUGCUGGCGGGCGGCACAUGCGGUGUAGUGUCAUGGCUGCUCAUUUUCCCAGUUGACCUUGUCAAAUCAACCAUGCAGUCACAGGUUCUCAAACCCAAGGGCACUCAGGAGUACAAGAGCGCGUGGCAGUGUGUGCGCAGUAUCUACAGCAAGGUGGGGAGCACCGGGUUUUACCGAGGAAUCUCCGUCAGCCUCAUCCGCGCGUUCCCGAUUCACGGAUUAAAUUUUGUAGUUUACGAGUGGGCGCGUGCCAACAUUUGCAGACUGGCUGGAAAACCGGAGUAG